AGAAAAAAGAACGGAAAUACCCUGACGACUCUUUUUCUUAUUUUAUUUGAAAAGACAACAAUUCCACUUCUGUGUUGAACUGACAAUUCUUUCCGUCUGGAAACUAAUUUGCAAGAUACAUCACUUUUCAUGCCUGAAUGAAAUCGCUACCAUCUGUCUCCUCGACAAUGGGAAUUUAUGGACGACUUGAAAGCGGCACCUGCUCCUUAAUCUUGAGAUUCCGUGAUUUCAAUUCAUUUACUUCAUAAGAGGGGUGAAGAGCUCUUGUCUUCUCGUCAUGAAAGCUUUCACUGUUUUCGGGUUGUUACUAGUUUUGCUAGUUGUCAAAGUGACGUUUUCCCACGGUGGAGGGGAAGGCACAAACCUUCCUCACUACGAAGAAAGAAUGGAAUCCACAGAACAAAGCAGUUAUAUCGAAAAGAGAGAAUAUGUAGAGAAGAUGCUGGGUCCUGACUCGGGCGUCGAGGGUUUGCAACAAAAGAUUGGAAGAAGAAAGGCAGAAAGAUUAAACGAUGACGACGAAAGAGCAACCGAAAAGGGACGAGGGCAAGAAAAAAGUCCUCAGAAACGUUCUCAUCCUAACGUCUGCCCACCUGGAUGGAUCUCACCGUGGGAUUACGCUGGUUCACACGGAGUAUACGGCUCAAAUUGUGGCAUGUGUGAUGGAGGCUUUGGUGGGGAUGGAUUUGACUCUGGGUGUGGCUAUGGUGAGUGUGUCGGAUGUGGUGGAUGUUGCGGCGGUUACGAUGGAUGCGAAUACGGUAAAUUCUAUGGUGGAAUAUUUCGUCCGGGUGGUCGUCGUUUCCCGCGGCUGUUUAGCGACGGGCGUAUUCAGCACGUUUGGUUGAGAGAUGGCCGAACAAGAAGAUUUAUUCCUUCUCCGUUGCUGGUCCCGCGAAACUUUUAGCACUAAGUUAUGUAUUUCUUUAACGAGAAUUAAGAAUUUGAAAUCACAAAUCCUGUCUCCAAGAGAUGUAAAUUAAAAAAGUACGUAAAUGAAGAAUUGAAUAAAAACCAUA